CCUGAAAACACUCUUGAUAGAGCUUUUACAAGUGCUACAACACCUUUAGAUUCACACAUAAAUGAGUACAAAGAUCAGCUUUCACUACCUGGAAUGGCCUGUGCACCUUCUCAAUGCCGAGUUUCCCAAGCGGAGGCCUCAACUGAAACGGGCCUUCCUGAUGGGGUGAAUGAGGCAGAACCUCAAUCGUUCCUUCUUGUUACUGGUACUCAGGAAUCAUCAUCUCAGACCACUGUAAUAGCUGCAAUUGACUCCGUAGAGGCCAUAUCAGAAAAUAAUGAUCAAAAGGAUCCUUCCUCUGUUGAUGGGCUUCCAAAAGCAAAUGACCAAUCAGAUGUUGACCAGAAGUGCAUUUCAAUUGCUGAUGCGUCAAACCAUGGUGGUAAUAAGGGAUAUCGGUCAUCCUUUACUUGGGGCACAUUUAUGAAAGGGAAAAGGGACCCUCAACCAGAAAGUACAGACAAUGAAGAUCCUUCAGUGGUCAGCAGAAACAGCCAGCCAUACAUGACUCUAACAUCAACACCAUCAAAAUCUGAACAAAGGUCCUCGGGAUUUCAUGAGCUUGCUUCUACGUUCUGUGUCCCUCUCUUUAUGAAGGAUAAACUAACAAAAAGAGACCUGACAAAGAAUACUGACAGAUGGGACACUCCGAGCAAGCGUCCCCACCAAAAAAGCGAUUGUCGAGAAGAGUGGAAUGCAAUCAAGCGGUCGAUUUCUGACAUUUUAGCAGAGAAAGAGAAUCAAGUUCUUAUACCCUACAGCUCAACUCUGAGUGGCAGCCCAGCCUCUUCUACUGUGGGUAAUAGGUUGCGACAAGACUGCACUUCUACCGUUUCUCCUCCCAAACUCCACAGCCAGGAGAUAGAGAUCCAGAAUGUGACUAAAGGGGGUACACUUAAUUCUGAAGGAAAAGAGGAACGGAAGCCAUCUGACAUAAUGGCCCAAAUUGCAAAAAUUGAGGAAUUUAUGUCUUCAGAAGGUUUAACACCUCAAAAGAGACCCAAAAUAGAAUGAUACGCAUUAAAAUUAUUAAUUUCCAAUGGCAUAUGUUCUGUGCCAGAGUAAUGUUGGUACUAA